UGUUUGAAGGUGAGAGUGAGGCUGGUGUCGUUCCCGCCUUCCUUUACUUGGAACUCUUCAUACUUCCAACAUGGCUGACAAAGAAGACACCGAGAAUUCUCCUGCCCAGGAUUUAGUCGUCACCAAAUAUAAAAUGGUCGGCGACAUGGUAAAUGGAAUCCUAAAACUUGUCAUUGGAGAAUGUAAAGCUGGUAAAUCUGUUAUCCAAAUUUGCAAAUUUGGGGAUGAAUUAUUGCUUGAAGAAACAUCUAAAGUAUUCAAGAAAGAUAAAGAAAUGAAAAAAGGUUUGGCAUUUCCUACUUGCAUAUCCGUCAACAACUGUGUGUGUCAUUUCUCACCCUUGGAAAGCGAACCUGAGAUUUUAUUGAAAGAUGGAGAUGUUGUUAAAAUUGAUUUAGGUGCCCACGUUGAUGGCUUCAUUGCAGUGGUUGCACAUACUCUGGUUAUUGGAUCUUCUGUUGAAAACAAAGUGAAGGGCCGAAAAGCAGAUGUUUGUCUUGCCGCCCACUUGGCCAGUGAAGCUGCGCUCCGCCUUGUAAAACCUGGAAAUAUUAAUUAUACUGUCACUGAUGCCAUCCAGAAGGUAGCUGAAUCUUUCAAGUGUAAACCUGUUGAAGGGAUGUUAUCACAUCAGCUAAAGAAGCAUGUGAUUGAUGGUGAGAAGGCCAUCAUUUUGAACCCUACAGAUGCCCAAAGGAAAGAUCACGAGAAAUGUGAAUUUGAAGUGCACGAUGUGUAUGCCAUUGAUAUUUUAGUCAGCACUGGUGAAGGAAAGGGAAAAGAAGUUGACACAAGGACGACAAUCUACAAGAAAAAAGAUGCGAUUUACCAAUUGAAGAUGAGAGUCUCUCGCCAAAUUUUCAGUGAAGUUGAUAAAAAAUAUGGGCUGAUGCCUUUCACAGUACGAUUGUUUGAAGAUGAAAAGAAGGCUAAAAUGGGAUUGAUGGAGUGUGUCAAGCAUGAGUUGAUGCAACCUUACAAUGUUCUUUUUGAAAAAGAAGGAGAGUUUGUUGCCCAGUUUAAAUUCACUAUAAUAUUAAUGCCAAACGGACCAUUGAAAAUCACCAACCCGCCUUUUGAUAGCUCUAUUUAUGAAUCAGAACAUUCAGUAACUGAUGAAAAGUUGAAGGCUCUUUUAGCAAGUUCAGCUGAACGGAAAUGUGUAAAGAAGAAGAAGAAAAAAGCCGACCGAAUGAUGGCUGAGAAUGCAGAUGCCAUCCAAAAAUGUGAAGGGAAGGUCCAUUGAUGAUAAACUGAUGGUGAACCAACUGUACUUGGCCUGGAAUAUCUGCCUCUAGCAAAUUACUUGCUGCUGGCUUGUAGUUCAAAGGACAUGUAGCUUUUUUAUAAGAGACUGCUUGCUACUGGUUUGGUUUGCCACACCAUUACCAGUUCAAAGCAGUCAAUUUCUCUCUCUCUCUCUCUCUUUCUCUCUAUUUACAGCUCUCUCUCUCUCUCUCUCUCUCUGAUUCCCAAUGUCUAAAAGUGGACAAUUUAUGUUAAAAGCUGAGUAAUUUUAAAGAAAUGUCACUUGGAAAAUCAUAGACAAGAAGCUUUUUUUUCUUCUUUUUUUGUCAUACUAGUCCAUUUUACAUAUUUUAUUUUUUUAUGCAUAUGUAUAUGCACGUAUAUAUAUAUAAUAUAUAUAUGUGUGUGUGUGUAUAUAUACAUAUACAUACACAUAUAUAUAUAUAUAUAUAUACACACACACAUAUAUAUAGCUGCUAUUCAACAGUUAUCACAGAAAACAGGCUCAAGCUUAACUAGCUUUUUUAUUUUUAUAAUUUUUUGGUUCCACUUAAAAUAUUGUAAAUUUAAUUUGAAAAAAAGGGAGAGGAAACAAAACAAUAUCAAAGCAUUAAAUCUUUCAGAAAAUUAAAUUUACUUGUGGAUUCUAUAAAUAGCUUAUUAAACCAUUAAUUACAAUGAUUCCAAGGGUAACCAAGGUUGAGUUGAUUAAAAGAUCAGAUGAACCAAUCUUCUGAAGAAAUUAGCCAGGAAUUUGCAUCUCCUUUGCUUUCUGCACCUGAAUAAGAUAUCUGUGGAGAAUUUGUCUUUAUUUACUCAGCUGGAAAAUGGGUAAAGUUGCUCAGAAAAAGACUCAUGUCUUAUCUUUGGGUGAGUGCAUCUCAUCAGUUUGAAUGCCAACAGAAAAGCAGGAGAUAAGAGCAUUGACCUAAAAUACAUUUUGGUUCGUGGGAUGGUUAGCUUUAACGAAUAUCUUCCAAAAGAGACGCAUACGAGGAAUUUGUAAUGAGGACCAAACAAAAAGGGGUGUUGAUGUUUUAAAAAUAUCUGGGUAUGGUGAUAAGUAUAUAUUUUGCUAGAAUAUACUUGCUUGACAAACAGCAUAAGCAUAUUGGUGAUUAGCAGUUAACCGUCAAUUGCUUUAAAAUAUUAAUUACCAAUCUUUUGCUGUUUCUCCAGCUUCUCUUACCUCGAGAUAUGUUUACGAACUCAAAAUUAACCUGCUGUGAUAAAUCUUUUUUCCCCCUUCUUCCUAGUUCUGGAAAAUUGGUCUGGUUAAAUAGAUUUAACUUUUCGUUAUUUCUAAACUUGUGAAGCUGUCCUUUCAUUAUCCGUGUGUCCUAAACUCUGCUUUCGUUUUUGGUCAUUUAAGAAAUACAGUUUCUACUUUUUUUCUUUAUAUAUUCAUUUUUAGUUUUUAUGUUUUAUUCAGGUCUGUAAGGAACCUUUUUUCUUUCUUUCUUCUUGCAGUAAAAUUCCAUAAAAAAACUUUCAAAUCUUUGCUAAUAUUUUACAAACAACACCAAAAAGGGGGAAAAAAAACAAAACAAAAAAUGCCAAUUUUGCACACAAUUAUUAGAAUUUUAUAAAAGAGAAAAAGAGCCUUUUUUUUCUUUCAAAUUUCUUUUUCUUUUCUAAAAGGAAAGGGGGAAAAAAAACUCCAAAAGACAAACCACAUUUCUUUGCAAUGGAAUCAACUUUUAGAAACUGUUCUGUCCAGUGACUUUUUAGCAAGUAAAACUGUUAUUUGUUGGAAUAUGUGGAGGCAUUGUUAUGUGGAAGUUUUUUGACAAGAGCUUCUCACAGUUAAUUCUUUCCAGGGAGUGCCGUGGGUGAGACUCAGGUUCAUUUUGGAUCACAAUAAACAGCUGUGGACGGUAGUAACUGGUCAUAGCUUGAAUGUAUUAUUGA